CUCCUCCCUCCCUCCUCCGCUCACGCCGUCGCGGCUUCCUCCUCCUCCUCCUCGAAAAAAAUAAAAAUAAAGCCGUCGCCCUCGCCGCACCCGCAUCCCCACGGCAAGCAACCCCACGAUUCCCCCCUCCGCCGGAUCGCGCGCCUAGGGUUAGGAGAGAGAGAGAUAGAGAGGGAGGGGGGGGGGGGUGUGGUGGAGAGGGCCUUGGGCGAUGCGCGGAGGCGCAUGGCGGCGGUGAACAGCCUCUACGUCGCCGCGGCAUCCACCGCGGCCAGCGCCGCGGCGCUGCAGUGGUGGGCGGGGUCCCUCGUCGACGGGGCGACCGACGCCGCGGGCGGGGACUGGCUCGGCAUCGUGCUGGGCUCGCACGUGACCGUCGCGCUCCUCGCGAAUCUGGCGGCGCACGUGUUCCUCGUCCUCAUCCUCGCGCUCAAGACACUAUUUUUUGUUCAAUUGACCUCUUCUGAGACUAGAAAGGUGUUGGAACACAUUAUUAACUAUGUACUUUACAAGGGAACUUUCCUCCCAUUGGUCGUUCCUCCUAAUUCUCAACAAAUAAUUCUUUGGUCAUGUUGGUUGGGUCUUCUUUGUUCAUUGAAGAUGUUUCAAUCAUUGGCUAGAGAACGCCUUGAACAGCUCAAUGCUUCACCCUCUGCAACUCCAUCAAAAUAUUUUCGUGUAUAUUCUGCGCUGUUGCUGGUUCUAUCUGCUGAUCUACUAUGGAUAAAGCUUUGUGUUGGGUUCUGCAAGUCAUGUAAUUCUAAACUAUUUUGGCUUCUGUUUUUUGAGCCACUUAGUAUUGGCUUUGAGACACUGCAGUCAAUCAUGGUGCAUGGAUUUCAGUUGUUUGACAUAUGGCAGCGACAUCAAAUGGACAGUGGUGCAGAUUAUCUUGAUUUCCAAAAAACUUAUAAGCAAGCAGCAGGAUCUUUUUCUGAGUGGAGAGGCAGACUUAUCAGAAAUUUUGGUUUUGUCAUUGACUUGAUAAGCUUAUUGAUGUCACUUGGUCAUUAUUCAAUGAUCUUCUGGCUCCGUGGUAUGGCGUUUCAUCUGGUUGACGCUGUUCUCCUAUUGAACCUGCGUACUCUUGUAGCUUCAUUUUUGAAGCGGAUAAAAACAUACACCAAGUUACGGAAGGCACUUAGUUCACUUGAUGAAGCACUCCCAGAUGCCACAUCCGAUGAAAUCUGUGCAUUCGAUGAUGAGUGUGCCAUCUGUAGGGGACCAAUGGCUCGAGCUAAAAAGUUGUCCUGCAACCAUCUAUUUCAUCUAGCUUGCUUACGAUCAUGGUUGGACCAAGGAUUAAUGGAUGGUUAUUCAUGUCCAACUUGCCGAAGACCUCUCUUUCUGUCACCCCAAGGUCAUACAAGAUCUACAGCAGCAGAGGUAGGAAACGUUCAGCUAAUUGCAGAACAACUUAAUAUGGGGUUGAAUCAGCAGAGGGUUCCUGGUCAGGAACAUCCUACUGAACAUCAGAAUCCUGCCGAUGCAGUUUGGAGAGGAGCUGGCCUUGAUUCUAGCUGGGCACCACCAUGGUCGAGUCCUGGGAUUGACAAUCCUAGUUCUUCCAGCGCCGUGACAUCAGUGGGGCUUAGUGGAGUUCAGAUGAUGAUGAGGCAGCUGACUUCUGUGACUGAAAAUUAUGGGCAUACAGAUGCCACCUGGAGUCUAUGGCCUGAUCCAGUUGCAGGAUCCUCAAUUAUUCCAUCCUCUUCCUCGAGGUCUGAAGGUGCUUCAGUUGCUGGCUUGCGGCUGAGAGGCACUGCAAGAACCGUGAAUGGUAGUAUGUCGGAGGUUCUCUCCAUGGUAGAUAGAGUACGAGAAGUUUUACCACAUAUCCCUGACGAGCUAAUUAUUGAGGAUCUGAUGAGAACGAAUAAUAUAAAUGCUACUGUAAAUAAUCUUCUGCUGAUGCAAUAAUAGAUAAACGAGCAAUACAACAUAUAAGCAUGACGUUUACCGGCAUAAGUUUAUAUAUGAUAAUAUGAAAGGCUACAUGUAUAGUUAAAGGUGAACCUAGGUGUCGAAGCACCUAUCGGUUCUUGUAAUAAGUGUUUUUUUUCAUUCAGUUCAUUUUGUUCCCAAUGGACGGACAUGUCCCGGCUCUGUAUAGUAAUCACAGCUGUAUAAUAUGAUGCUCAAUAUGGUGUACUUUAGUAUGUGUAGAAGAUGUCAUCCAAAUAGACGUGUGUUUAUGAUCCGAAUAAAAUUAUUUAUCGAUGAUAAUUACUUAAGGGUGAAAACUCUA